AUGACAGAAAAAGUAGCUAAUCAAACGAGUUUCACCAAGGAUGAGGUGAAGAAAGAAAGAGAAAAAUAUGCUCAAAAGGAGGCUAAAAAGGAAACCAAGAAACCAAAGGUUGAUCCAGUUCCCUCCAAAGAAAAACCUAAGGGAACUAAGUCUACUCCUGCUCUGGUGGCACAAGAUAGAAAACCUAGCCCAUCCAUAAAAGGUGUGUUGAAGCAGAAAGAAAAUCCAAAAAGAACCUAUAUUGUAGCAUUUUUGGUGGUCUCAGAAACUGAAUCUCAGGAAGAGGCAAGAAGAGCUAAGAAAAAGGGAGAUUUUGUCAGACUAGUGAAAAAGGGUCAAUCUAGUGGAGCACAGAAAAGAAAAAAGGCUAAGUCAGAUAUUGCUCCUACUGGAAGAUCCCAAAGAGGUAGACAGGUCAAAACUCAACUCAACAAAUACCUUAAGUCUGGAAACAUACAAGGCAAUUCCGAGAGCAGGUGGAAGGGAAAAACGAGUUGUUGA